GUUUAAUGUAGCUGUUGGCCACAAUAACAACACAAGCAGCAACAGCGGUCCACGAGCUAGGAUGAGCAACCCUCGCAUCAACAAUUCCAGAGGUGCAAAUCCACGGGUCAGAAACCCUGUCUCUUCAAACAGACAACACAUCCAUGGACAAAAUAAGCACAAGACAAAUAACCGUAACAAGCAAGGGGGAUGGUGGUCACAUGAGACCAACAUCCCAAGAGUAUCUGGAUCCUCAGCAGCAAGAGAGCAAGUCCUCUGUCAACUACAACUCCUCACGUGGCAAUGGAAGUGACAGCGAUGGUGCUGGAGCUGUGGCAGUUGAGGUUCUGAGGGAAGCAGAAGCACUAAUGCGAAAGCACGCCAAUCACCCAGAGUUCCUUCUACAGUUAUUCCGUCAUGCAUCACAGAUCACAGUCAACACAGACCAGCAUGUGGCUGUUGCACUGUUGCAAGAUCUGGCAACACAGCCUCAUGGAUCAAACCAUGGGAUGAAUAGCAGUAACAGGGGGAUCAAUAAUGAGAACAGUAAUUUCUCACUGCCUGCUCCCCUACGCGAUUCCUCUUGGCGAAGCCACUCUACUUCACAGGCAGAUCGGCAUAACAUACUCCCACAGGAAAACAUAAGUGCAGCAGGUCUGUCAGGGUCAGAAGUCAGUGACAGUGGACUCACUUCUGAAGAUGAAGACAGCAGGGCAUUGUACCGAAACGUGAAGAACCUUAGCCUGAGCCCCGGGGGACGUCCAGGGGCCACAGGAGCAAUUCCUCGCACCACCCCAGACAUCAACACCAGCCACCCUCGCCCCCCAGCCCCCCAGCCACACCGCUACCAUCAAGGGGGGGUAGUCUCUCAGCCCCACCUGCAAUACCCACCCCAAGCCUCGCACCAUAAUUACCCCUAUUUCCAGCAACAACAUAACCUCUCCAGCAAUCGGGAGAGCAGUCGAGGGACAGCACACUCCGAGAGCACCCUAUAUGACCACCUUCCCUACAGUGACUCCCAAAUGAGCAGCUCGCACCCCCAAGAGGUGGAGGAGGAAUGGCUGAGACAUGCCCUGGAGAGUGAAGAAGUGGAACAGAAAAGCCAGAAGCCGCUGGACACAGCCGGCUCUUCCCCAGAACACCCCCAUCAUGCCAUACAUACACUGAGCAAUGACACUGAGUACUUGACGUUCGAGACUCUCGUGUCGUCUGCAGUCAAGGCAAGUGUCGAGGUCCUGCAGAGUCAUGUGGGGGGAGCUAUGACUCCAGGGGGGUCUGUGUCUCCACUGCUUCUCACCACGCUCCACCACACUCUCAUUGCACAGAUCCAGAAUCAAGCUCAGUCCCUCCAGCUGCCACAAAGCUUCCUUUUCUCUGUGUACAAUGAACUUAAGGAAGCUCUGCAGGUCUUCUCUGGAAAACAACUGAGAGAAGUGAGCAAUGAAGUUCCUUCAGUGAUAUCACAAGUGUUGUUAACUCAGUACUGCAGUGUGCUUGUGCAGCGCCUUAGGGAUAACCACCCUGUCCUCCCCGAGACCCCCACUAAACUGCCACAAAAUAAACAGGUUCUGAAGAAUGAAACAGCAAGUGAAACCACAACACCUGUGAAUGCGAGUCGUCACUCCCAGGAGAACACAACAGCCACCCAGACAGAGCCAAAUGUAUUUUCCUUGACUUCCCACCAGCAUACAGUGCUGACACAUACCUCAGACACUGCCCAUGGAGCCAGUCAUUAUGCACCACCACACACUUUCAGCAUGAGUCUGGCUACAGGAGGGAUAUCAUCAAACAAGCAGCACUCCCUAGUUUCCUCCUCCCAGCCUGUGGCCACCACCACAGCCAGUCUGCCUGGCCAUUCCUCACUACCACACCCUCCACAAAUCACAGCCUCGCACUUCCAACCGUCUUCUGCAUCGGGAAGUGGCCAGUGGCAACUUCCAAUGGCAAAUGCAUCUCCAGGUGGGGCCUCCAGUACCCUGGAGGCUGCUAGCGAGAGCCAUGCCAGUGCAAUGCCCACCUCACAGCCUGAGUCAUGGGCAGCCAGUAGCAGCAAGCCACACCUGGCAGAAGCAUCUUCCAGUGUGUCACAGCAAGAUACUGCUUCUUCAAGCAGUGCCAGCCAGAUGAACAGCAGUCAGCAGGAGUGGGCAGAGCCAGAGCAUGAAGAGGCUGUCAUGGACGACCUAUCUGAGCCGGUUCUACCAGUGCAUGACCUUGCUGAAGCAGACCAAUCACAAGAUGCAGGUGAUGCUGCUGAAGGUGACUGGGAAGACUCGCAAGCAGAAGGCAUUCAGGCAGACAGUGCGAGUGGCACGGCCGAUUCAAGCCCAGAGCAGCCAAUACGCUUACAGCCAAGGGAGAAGGCAUCGCAGCAGCAGGCAGAGGCAGAAGGCAUGACAGAAUGUGAGGCAGAUGAAGCAGAGGGAACAGUCAUAGGGGCUGUGGCACACAUGGGCUAUAGUGCUCAUCAUGGUCAGGGAGCUACUAGGGAGUUAGGACUUGAUGAAGUCCCCACAAAACUUCAAAGUCCUGAUGGUGGCUCUCCCAGUGGUUCUCCUGAACACCAUGCAAGUGGGGCACAAGGGGGGCAUACCACAGCACACCAGAGUCUGCUCCACACAACUCCCCCACAGUCACAGAAUUCUCAUCCCAAAAGUUCAUCUCAUGCUAUGCAGCCACCUCAUUCACCAGGAGGGAGUGAGGGCUGACCUCUGCACCUCCCAAAGUGCUCCUCCAUGAAGUGUACUAUGAGGAGGAAGAGGAACAGGGAUGCCAAGCUGAUGGAGCUGAAGAGGAGGGAAGGGAUGAAGGCAGGGAAUGAGAUCAUUCAACCCAACGCAGUUCCAGAAACUGACGAUUCAAGUGAUGAGGACACAAGAGCUAAUCAGGCUUGCGUGUUGUCUAGUCCAGUGGUUAUGUUAGGGUCGUGCAUUGUAAGUCUGGUCACAGUCCUCUUCUGCAAGAUGCGUGUUUAUCACACCAAGUGACCGUAGUUCCUCCGCUCCUGUUUUAGCCUCUGAGGCAAUUCUUUAUGGUGAUUGUGUUAGUGCUGUGCAAAGUACAGUUGGAGUAGUCAUCUGAUACAUAACCAAAUAUACCAUAUCAUACUUCAUAUAAGAUGACAGUUAUAUGCUGUAGAACUAACUAUUACUUUCUUUUGUGGGCAUGCAUUUUCUGUAGAUCUUACUUUAACUAUUCAGAAGACUGUUCUUUAAAGCAUACAAGCUCAAGAAAAUUGUUCAUUUUAUUCUGAGCUUUUUUUUUUUUUUUAUUCCUUUCUUGGCAUGAAAACAUUAUUUUGAAUUCACCCAUUUGAAAGGGUUUAGGGUCACACACAUCUAUGGGUAGAUUACAAGGGUUAGGUUUGUCAUUCAUAAUAUACCAAAUUAGUAAACCAUCUACAAGUCUGGGUAAAAUGUGACACAGGAUACAUGGAUGUGUUCUCUUUGCUAGUAAGAGGUGUUGUUCAUUUAUAUGAUUCAGAUGCCUGAUUUAUCAUUUUUCACUACUUAAUGUAAAACAUCAACAUAGUAAAUUUAAGCAGGUAUUUUUUAUAACUUUUUAUUUACAAGAUCCUGAUAAUCAAAAAAGUGGACAUUCUUUG